UUGCGUCACUGCUGCUUUAAAGCAAGCAGAGUCGAGCGGAUCCGUACAGAGCCAGGCUAUAAAUCCCCGAUCAGAUGGACCUCUACAGAAUCUGAAAACCUGGACUAAUACUCGGACUAAAGACCCGAACUAAACCCUGGAUCAAAGACCUCGAUUCAACCCGGAAACUCCCGGAACGGAAACGGAUCAAAGCCCGAGUCUCGGCACAUUUAGACUGGAGUGAAGACGCCUCAGUGCUCGGGCCUGCUCCUCCAAAAUGGCCGACACAGAGGUCUCCUUGUCCCCGGCUCUGCGUCCGCUCCACCUUAGCCCCUCCCACUCAGUACCACCUCUUCCACCUGCCUCCUCCACUUCCCCCACCACCUUCUCCUGCCCGUCCUCCCCCUCCAGCGCCUCCUCUACCUCCUCUUCUUCAUCAUCUUCCUCAUGCUCUGAAAGCUCCUCUGACUGCCCAGUCCACCACCACCACCACCACCACCAUCAUCAUCAUCAUCACCCCCGCCCCCAGCUGCAGCUGCCCCCACCUUCCCACAGCGAGCAGCCUUCCUCCCCCAGCGCCAGCCCCCGCAGCUCCAGCCCCAGCGGGAGCAUCGGCAGCACUGGCAGCCUCGGCAGCAGUGCCAGUGAGGGCAUCGGCAGCAGUGGCAUGUCGAGUGCCGGCGACCCGCGAGGCCCCAGCCCCCCGCUGGACGUCAUCUCAGAGGAUGCCAUGGAGAUGGACCUGGGGGUCGACCAAGUGAUCGACCCAGAAGUUGCUCUGAAGGCUUGCCAGGAAGUCCUUCUCAAGGUCAAGUUGCAAAACAGAGAAGUGCCUGAACAGCAACAAGUUGACAACAAACAACAACAACAGGACGAUCAACAACAACAACAACAACAACAUUACACAGACUCAACAGAGUGCUCCAGCCCACAGUGGCACAUCAGCCCGGACACCAGCUCCAUCAAAGAGGAGGAAGAGGAGGAAGAGGUGGAGGGGAGUUGUGGGAAGGAUGGGGGUAAACAAGGCGAUACCUACCAGCAAGACCCACCUCCUGCAGCACGGCCAGAGUCCUCCUCACUGCUGUCGGCAUCAUCAUCAUCAUCAUCUAAACAGUCGUGGCUGCUGCGCCUGUUCCAGUCCAAGCUGUUUGAUGUUUCCAUGGCAAUCUCCUACCUGUACAAGUCAAAGGAGCCAGGGGUGCAGGCGUACAUUGGAAACCGCCUCUUCAGCUUCCCCGACAGCGAGGUGGACUUCUACCUGCCGCAGUUGCUCAACAUGUAUGUGCACAUGGACACCGAGGUGGGAGACGCCAUCAGACCGUACCUGAUCCACCGUUGCAGAGGUGAGAUAACCUUCUCACUGCUGACGGCUUGGCUGCUGGGUGCUUACUCCUCUGACAUGCACAUCUCCACCCAGCGUCACUCCAGAGGCACCAAACUCCGAAAACUCAUCCUGUCUGAUGAGCUCAAACCUUCAGCUCCUCCACCAGAUGCUCACAGUGCAGUUUCAGCUUCUGUUUCUGAAAGCCCGGUGUCCUCGCCAACCCACCGUCGCUGCCACCGAAGGCACAACAGCAGCAACAUGGAAUCUGGCCCCUCCUACUCUACGGCUGGCCCAGACAGCCCUGUACAGGGAGAGGUGGAAGUGUUUGUUUCUCCAUCCAGGAGGACCCACCAGAGAUCCAAGUCAGAUGCCACCACGGCAAGCAGCGGGCCUGGCUCCGGCCUCCGACGGACAGGAAGUAACCCGAAAGUGGAGGCUGUCCAUGAGGAGCCGGAGCGUUUGCGUCCUCAGAGGGAGCUGGUCAAGUCUCUGCUCUGCAUUGGGAAGCGUUUGGCAACACUGCCCACCAAAGAGCAGAAGACCCAGCGGCUGAUUUCAGAGCUGUCGCUGCUCAACCACAAGCUGCCGGCCCGAGUGUGGCUGCCCACCGCCGAGCACCAGCACCACGUCUGCAGGAUCCCACACACACAGGCUGUGGUGCUUAACUCUAAGGACAAGGCUCCGUACAUCAUCUACGUGGAGGUGUUGGAAUGCGAGAGCUUCGAGACGUCUCCAGUUCCUGUUCGGAUCCCAGAGACGAGGAUCCGCUCAGCUCGCUCCGCGGAGAACCUGGACUGUGGUGGCGGCAUCACUGUGGCCAACGCUAAUGGUGGCAGCGGGAUGACGUCAGAGCACAGAGCAGGAAGUUUCUCCACCGUCCCCAACUACGACAAUGACGAUGAGGCGUGGGCCACCGAUGACAUCGGACAGCUGCAGGUGGAGGUAGAGGCUCAGACCAGCAGCUCUGAUAACAUCAGUCAGUUUUCAGUCGACAGCAUCACCAGUCUGGAGAGCAAAGAGCCGGUUUUCAUUGCCGCCGGAGACAUCAGACGUCGUCUGUCGGAGAACCUCGCUCACACUCCGACUUCAUUCAGGAGAGACCCUGAGGAUCCGUCAGCUGUCGCCCUCAAAGAACCCUGGGAGGAGAAAGUCAGGAGGAUCAGAGAAUGCUCUCCGUACGGUCACCUGCCAAACUGGCGACUGCUUUCCGUCAUUGUGAAGUGUGGAGACGACCUGAGACAAGAGCUGCUGGCCUAUCAGGUCCUUCGACAGCUGCAGUUGAUCUGGCAGCAGGAAAGAGUUCCUUUGUGGAUCAAACCGUAUAAGAUCCUGGUGAUGUCAUCAGACAGUGGGAUGAUUGAACCCGUUCUCAACGCUGUCUCUCUGCACCAGGUGCGUAAACAGAGUCAGCUGUCUCUGCUGGACUACUUCCUGCAGGAACAUGGCAGCUUCACCACAGAAGCUUUCCUUACCGCUCAGAGGAACUUUGUCCAGAGCUGCGCUGGAUACAGCCUGAUCUGUUAUCUGCUGCAGGUCAAAGACAGACAUAACGGGAACAUCCUGCUGGACUCUGAAGGUCACAUCAUCCACAUCGACUUUGGCUUCAUCCUCUCCAGCUCUCCUCGUAACCUUGGCUUUGAGACGUCUGCAUUCAAACUCACAUCAGAGUUUGUUGAUGUGAUGGGCGGCCUGGACGGUGACAUGUUUAUCUAUUACAAGAUGUUGAUGCUUCAGGGUCUCAUUGCUGCCAGGAAACACAUGGAGAAGGUGCUGCAGAUAGUGGAGAUAAUGCAGCAAGGUUCCCACCUGCCAUGCUUCCAUGGCUCCAGCACCAUCCGAGGUCUGAAGGAGCGUUUCCACAUGUCUCUGACAGAGGAGCAGCUUCAGCUGCUGGUGGAGCAGCUGGUGGACGGAUCCAUGCGCUCCAUCACCACAAAACUCUACGACUCCUUCCAGUACGUCACCAAUGGCAUCAUGUGACCUGUGACAACAACAGCUUGUUCAGACACUGAUGUUUAAACUUUUACCAGCUGCUUUUGUUUGGAUUCAGCAGACUUCUGAUCUUCGCUGGAGUCGGAGAAUUUAAAUAUUCAUGGCGCUGUUGGGAAUUACUGGAUUUGAUUUUCUCGUUAACCUUCAUUCUGUUUUUCCACGUCUGUCUCUGCAGUCUUUAACGGAUUUGUUUUGAAUGUGAUGGACUUAUCGGCACAACAAUGAGCUGAUCUGAUUUCAUGUGAUCUCUGAUUUGGUGUUCUACAUUCAUUGGCAGCUGGACAAGUACAUCAUUUGGGACUUUUCCAGGUCGGGUUUUACAUCCUCUGAAGAAUUACACCUGGAAGAGAAAUGUAAAACCGACUGGAAGCAUCAGAACUCAAGGUUCAUCCUGAGAUAAAUCUCAUCAAAAAACUGUUUAUUGACUUCUAUGGCAUUCUACUGGAUUUUACUCUGAACCAGCACACGCUUGAGCUCAGCUCAGCUCAGCUCAGAGUGUUCAGAUACAGAAUGUUUGUCGUGUUUGGAUCAGUUUUGAAGGUAAACGAUUCAUUGAAGGAGAGAAAUGAUAACUUGAUUACUGAUACAUUAAUUUAGUCAGUUAUUGACUCAAACUUCGUAGGGUACAUUCACAUCAGUAAAAUGACAAAUUGGGAUUUUCAGCUGCUGAUCAGACAAAAACAUUUGUUAGGUGUUUAUAUUUUAAAAGUAAUUCUGGCAACAAACUUUACUCAACAACUACAGAAGCCAAUGGAACUAAUGAACAGUACCAAGAUAGCCCAAUAUUUCACUGUUUUGUAGUUAAUUUAGAUUUUCAAUCCUCAGAAAACCACAAAUCAUUUAACUUAUCUGCUAGAACUCCAAUUAGAAUAAAGUUUGACAGCAGCUUAAAAAUUUGAAUAACUUUUUUUUUCCAACCCUACAAUAUUCAUUAGCUUUUACGGUGAAAGAAUAAAAUCUGAGUGACAGUCCGUUCUGUCACCUCUAUGUUUGGUUGUUCUUAAAGAACAGAGCAGUGAGAAAAACACUACAUUACAACAUUAACUUGAUGUUGUUUUCUCUGGAUGUUCAGAGAAAAGACAAAACAGCAAACAAAGAAAAGUGACUGAAAAUAAUACCACUCUUUAAUUUGAAGUGUUAUCUGAGACCAGUUUAUCUUCCAGCAGAAUAGCUUGAUGUGUUUAGUUUUGUUUUCACCAGACAUUUAUCACAAUUGUAUCUAAAAAAGAAAAAAUUAGAAUCUAAUUUGAGUUUACCCUGGAAGCUAAUUCCAGGGUUCUCCACUGUUUGGCUUCAUGACUUUUCAUCUAGCACCACCAUGAAGUCAGAAGUAUUAAUCCAAUACAAGUUCAUGGCAAGAAAUAAAUGGCUAAAUAGCCUUAGCUGUACUUUAGGCAUGUGAAGUAUUAGCACGUCAACUUGCUGACUGUGAGCAUGCAUGCUAAAAGUAGUACGCUAAAUGCUUGAACCUCUCAAAGCUGCAUGUGGGCCAAAGUGCUUAGGUGUUCGUCCACAUUAGUGUGACUUUUUUAUACUUGUAGAAACAUGAACUUAAAUUUUUACCUUUUCAUUUUAGAUCAGCUAAUUGAAGAAGAUAUUGAAGGAAAUUUGAAUAGUCAUUUUGCACAACUACAAUUCCAACCUAACAAGCUAAACAUCAUUUGCUUAACACCAGCAUCCAACAGUAGCUAUCAAGAAUGUGAACAUGCUAAUGUUAGCAUGCGCCAGUAGUUGUUUUUUAAAUCCAAAUAUAAACUGUGACCCUGUUUUCACUAUAAGAACGAAGGCAUUGUCGAAAGUUAUAUGUUUUAUGUUAUAUGCUCCGAUUUUCCCUCAGAGUUGAAAUUAUUUGAACUUUGACCGCGCCGCUGCGCCGCAUCUGGCGGUGAGCGAAGCAUGUUGUUCUUAUCACGUGAAGGCGGUCGCAGGGGCUGGAGCCCAUCCCAGUUGACAUUGGGCAAGUGGCGGGGUACACCCUGGACAGGGCUGACACAUAGAGACAAACAACUAUUCACACUCACAUUCACAUCUACGGGCAAUUUAGAGUCACCAGUUAACCUGCAUGUCUUUGGACUGUGGGAAGAAGCUGAAGUACCUGGAAAAAACCCAUGCUGACACAGGGAGCACAUGUAGACUCUGCACAGAAAGUCUCCCCCACCCUGGGUUCAAACCAGGAAUCUUCUUGCUGUGAGGUGGCAAUGCUAACCACUGCAUCACUGUGCCACCCAAAAGAAACAGGAUGUAUUAUGACUUAUUAAUUCACUAACAGGCCAAAACCUGAGGAGCUAAAAAUGUUGAAUAAACGUGACAAGUGUCUGGUGAAAAAAGAUAACCAAUUAAAAUGUAAUGUGUCAGCUCAUCAAUUUAUUUAAUCUGCAUGUUUGUCACUCAGUUAUUUUAUUUUUUUUUCCAUGUAGUUUCAGUUUAAGAAAGGUCCCUGUUUAAUUUCAUUUCAUUCACUCAGUUCUGUGUAUUUUUGAAUUUCAGUUCACUAUACGACAUGAUGAUGAUGCUAUCAUUAAAAAAAACUCUAUGAUGUUGAAUUAAAAAAUAACCUUUAUAUGGAUGAGCAGUAACAGAGCAGACAGGUUUAGGUUAACUGUUUUCCUCCCCUCAGAUUCCACCUUACCUGAAUGGUUCCCUGCCCUUUUUUGAGCCAAAAUGGCUACCAAGCAGUUAAAUGAUUUGUUGCAGCAGAUUUAUGCACGAAUCUCCUCAUCCAUUUUCCACUAACUGUAUAUCUGUGUAUAACUCUGAGCUGAAAUAAUGUGUUACAGUUACAUGUCUGUUAAUGAUAUAUUUGCAUAUUUAACAAACGCUCAAUAUUCUUCCUCCCUGAUUGGCCCCCAAACUACAUUCCUGUGAUUAACUUUGGCCAAUCAGGAGAGGCGGCUCUGCGGAUCGGCUGAAUGAGAGCGAGAGACACUAAAUUUCUGUUUGACAGAAAGUUUAUUUUUCUUUAUGAGGAGAUCAGUUUCCUGAAUAUGUGAAUGUUUUUAUACAGAAACAGUCCACUAAAACAAAUUGUUUUUCUCAGACAGAUGUGUUCUCAGUAUUGAUGAGCAAAUGGUUUCUUGUCUGUACUUACAGUUACAACAAUGUUGUAACUAAUGUUGGAAACACUUUCAAUGGCUUUAUUCCAGUGAAAUACUGUAAAUACUGUAUUAACAUGUUUUAACAUAAAGAAAUACUGCAUUUUUGUCUUUGAGAUCUGAGAUUAAGUGGGAUUUUUUUGUGUAUUUGUAAACACUCUUUAGUUAACUCACUCAAUUAGGUGGCAAACAGUUUGUUCAGUUCUGUAACUGCAAUUUGUUCCUUUAUUUUAAAUACAGCUGCAGUUACAAACAUCAUGAAUAGAGUGCCCCAGGAAUGAGUCCUAAAACCUGAAAAUAAGUUAGAAUUUUACCACUCCUUGUUCUUGCUCUAAGAGACUGUGUGGAAAUGACACAAACAUACUUGGCUAGCAACCAUUUUAGGCGAGUUAUUGUCAUUCUAAUGGUUAAAGAUUCUAAUGGUUAGCUCCUUUUUAACUAAAAGUUCCUGUUUUAUCUCAUAAAAAUGUAUACAUUGUGUUAUAUAUGCAAAUUAAUAUUUUUUAACGCAAGGCAGACAAUUUAAAGUCACAUAGCCCUUUAAUUAAUGCUACCUUCUAGCUAACAAGCUACCUAACUGUUGUACAUGAGCAGUGACUAUAGACUAUAGACUAUAUACACACACUACAGUCUACAACAGCAGUGUUGAAUAAUAAUACAUUAUCCACAAACUGUAUUUACUGUACUUUCAAUCAAUAUUCCCAGACCACUGUUUCUUCUUAGUCAUUAGUUUGACAGUGACUUAGCUAAAAUGGUUCAAACUUUAUUUGUAAUAAUUGCUAGCUUGUUAUAUUUUUCUAUUUUUCUCCACAGUCUAAUGUAAUGUUUUUUUUGUUUGUUUUUGUUGUUUUGUUGUUUUUUGUCUGUCAAGCUUAAUUGUAAUUCUUUUGUCAAUUAGUAGAAGGACUAAAGCGUGUAGGUGACAAGCACAAAAGUGGAGUACAAGAGCAGUGCCUAGCUUGUUAGCUAGUUAGUGACAAACCUGAACAUUCUAACAAGCUAGUUAGCCAACUAAAAAUAAGUUUAUUAUUUUUUUAAAAGCAUGAAUUCAUUUUAACUUUUUGCUUUUUUUUAAAAAAAAUUUGAUUUAAUUUUAGUUUUAUUUUUUAGAAGAACAACUUGUUAACAAUCACAACAAGCUGAUUUCUUUUAGCAUCCUGGUGGAAAUUUACAUUUUAUAAACCAACCACAUGAUUAAAAAGAUAUUAUAAAAACUCUUCACUGGAAUAAAGCCAAUAUUUGGUGUUGUCAUUAACAUCUAGUUGUUUUUUGGUGUUUUGACCACUAUUUAAGCACAGAUUUGUUAAUGUAAAAGCAGCGUCAUGUUACUGCCUGCUAACCAUUAGCCUGCUACUUAUAUGCCACCGCGCUUGACCAAGAUGCAGCUGUGACUAAAGUUUACCAGAUAAGCAACUUAAAUAGCAACUCUUUCUUGUUCUUUUCAUUUGUGGAUAUGUAUGUAUGUAAAUGAACUGAGUUAGUUUUCUUGUGAGAAAAAAUAGAUGCCUUGAGAUGUACAGAAGGUACAAACUCUUAUCAAUGCAACCCGAGGGACGAAGGAGUUCGGGUCUCGGACCUGAGAAGUGCUUUUAUAUCUUAAGUCUGACCGCUUCAGGGACGAGUUUUGAUACUCAGAUGUGUUUAUCUCCUACACUGGUCUAGACGGAAGUCAUGUUAAUUUUAAUUUACAAGUUACUGUUGUCACAUUUAGACAAUAAAAACAUUUAUGAUGGCUUAAAAUAACUAGUAGGCUCCUUUUUGAAGAAGUAUCCUCUGAUACUGUCUCUAAAAUAAUAGCUAUUAAAUUAUUUUUUCUUUUUUUUUUGUGGUCUGGUGAAUCCUGGGAGGAAAACACUGCGGUCUGUUGAAACUCGUCCCUGCUACUAAAAACCUUUCAUUGCCUUGUUUCUUCGUUACAUCAGCUCGAACACAUUCAAGAAUUUUAAUGUGAAAAACUCUUAAAGUGCAUUUAUCCUGAAUGAAAAUGUUUUCUGUCAUUUGUAAAAGGUUUCUCCAUGUUUUUAACUUUAGUUGGUACUAAACAUUUAACACUGUAAAUCCAGUACAAGGCUCCUCCAUCUUAGGUUUGAUUUUAUCAAGGCAUCUUGUGAGUUUCUGUUGAAAUCAAGCAGAUUAAUAAGGGGCUUCAAGUUGUCUUGGUUUCACUGAGAAAUGCUAACGAUGCUAACAUCACGCAAGACAAACUGACGGCUUUAUUUUUCACUGUGUGAAGAAAAUAACCAACGUGGAAACACUGGAUUUCAGUGUGACUUCUGAAGUUUUAUAAACAGCAUCAUCUCCUAACGAGGCAGGAGGAAGCUUCGAGGGGAUUAUGCAAAGUUGACAAAUAAUUUCAUUAAAUUAGGGAUUUGAAUUAAAGUCAGCUGGAGCAGUAAAAAAAAAAAAAAAAUUAAAAUAACCAGGAUGACACAGCUGGAACUCAAUUAAACAUCCAUCACCUAAAAUCUUUACUAUUGGUAUCUUGUUUGUAUUAAACAUAAAUAUUGAUUACUCACAAAUUCAUAAUUCAUAUGUUAAUUAAGGUUUCAUUUGAAGAACAGUGAGAGCUGCUGAUAUGAAAUUACUAGGGCUGCCCGCGACCAAGAACUUUCCUAGUCAACCAACAGUCAUCAUUUAGGGCCAUUACUCGACUAGUCGCCCAUAUGUGUACGAUAUUAUUAUUAAAUGAUAUAUUUUGGGCGGGGCAACACAGUGGUUUGAGUUGAACGUCUGAGAAAAAGGUAUUAACAUUGUUAACACUGUGCUGCAUUACAGAGAAAUACAAAACCGUACUAAAGAACCUUCAUUAAUAUAGCCUUUUAUCUACACUGAGCGAGCCGCCUGUUAAUGACGCUGUCUGCAAAGCAGUAAUGAUUGUGCUAAGUGGCUAAUGGGCAUGUAGCUACUUCCAUGUUUCACAUGAUAUGUCAUGUUUGUAUCACCUUGGGUUCAUCCUUCAUCAUCUCAAAAUGAUCCCACACUUUGGAUUUCCUGCCCGACAUGUUAUUAACUAGCCUGUGGAAUAACCGCAGGAAUCAGCCCUGGAAAUUAGGGGCCGUACACAUGCAGCAUCUUUAACCGCCUGGAAAACACGAGGCUGGGCACUGGGUGCCACUCCUGUGCCUUUUUUGUGCCACCUUUCAAGAGUGUGGUGGCAGGUUUAGUCUGCGGUUGCUAAGCAACCUUAACAAGAGGCCUAUUUUCCUGAAAUCCUGAGAGCAGAGCUGAUCUUCUUCCAGACGCUGUUUGUAAGUGUGUAGGCCUAUCGACUGUGGGACAGAUGUAAAGCUCUGGGUAGCCCUGCACUAAAAUGAUCAACUUUUCUGUAUUUAUCAGACUGAAUAUUUACAGAAGAAGGGAAAGAUAUCUGUUGGCUGUGAUUGGUUUGUAAUGUGACUCUUCCUGUGUCUGUCCUUUCAAAUUAAAUUCCCACAUGGUCCAGUCAUAUAGGUUUGGAUUUAUUUUGAUAAGGCGCAGCUCCUAAUAGAGUUUCACGUUUUUUUUUCUUCCUGCAACUACGCAACCAAUUAAAUCUUGCUGACUAAUGACCUUUCUGGUCGACGAACGUUUGGUUGACAUCAGGGAGCAGCCCUAGAUAUUACAAAGACGAGUCAAAGUAAGCACAUUCACCAAAGACAAAACAUGUGGAGACAUGUUGUGAUUAUAAUUUAGCAUCUCAUAAUAAUGAGAUUUGUAUUUCAUAAUUAGAGAGUAAGUAUUAAAACCAUCACAAGAUCUUUGUCUUGUAAUUUUGAGACACAAAUCUUAGAAUUACGACACAAUUUCAGUAUCAUCAUGAAGUAAAUAUAUCUGGUAAAUACCAGAUAUCUCCUCAUAACUAUUAGAUUGUCAUAAGUAAAACAAGUCUUAUGUGCAUCGUAAUUAGGAGUAAAAUCUAAGAUAUGGACUAUGUAAUCAUCUUUUAAUUGAUGAAAUAUGAAAUUAUGACUUUUUCUGUAAUCUUGAGAUAAGGAAUUAUGAGACAAGCAUAUCACAAUUAUGAGAUGUCAGAACUCUGACUGUAAUUAAUAUAUUUUCCUUUAAUUAUGAGGUGAAAAUCUCAGAUCAUCACAAAAUAUCACCAAUUUCUUUUCUCUGGUGAAUAAAGUGCACAAAUCAUUAAUUUGAACAUUAAAUAAUAAAUAAAGUAAAACUAUUGGUUAAACUGGAGCCCGCUGAACAACAGACGGUUGCUGUUACGUGUAAUAAUCAAUGAUCAAUGCUCCUGCUCGUCUUUAAUGACGUCAUUUACAUUUUCAUUUUUAUAACCUUCAGUUUAUUUGAGUUUCAUGAGUCGAAGGUCUUGUUUUACAAACUAUUAUUUGGAAAUUCCAGAUCAUUUAAAGACUGUUUAGUCAAUGAAGAUGAAGACAUUCGCUGUUUUCUGCAGCUCCACCUUCCUUCACCACCACCUCCUCCUCCUCCUCCUCCUCCUCCUCAUCAUAGAGACUCAGAAUGCAAAUCUGCUCCUUUAAAGGGAAAUGCAAAAACAUUGUUCAGAUUCACUCGAUUUGUUUGACCGGCUGAGUUUCCA